AUCAAUUAAUUAAAAGAAUUAAAAUACUUGUUUCGGAAGAAAGAGAAUUGUUGUUUAUGGAUUGAGUGCAUUAGUCGAAUGGAUGAUGAUCACAUGCAAACGAAAAAGCAAUUGAAUCAGAAAAGUUUAGCAUUUCAAGAAUAAUUUGUUAAGCAAAUAUUUGAAUCUUCUUAUAAACUAUCAACAAGGAUUAUGAAAAUAUGGAAGAGCAUUUGCCAAUCAUUAGCAAAUGUUUGCAGAUGCAAUUAAUAUUUCUUCAAUUUAUCGCGAUUGCUGCUGAAGAAAAAGACAAAAACAACAUUGUUGUAAAGUAUCAAAGUUCAACAACUUUCGAGGAGAAUAAGCAAGCCUUAGAUUGCAGUCAAGCAAAUUGUCUACGAUGCACCAUCAAUGGCUGUAUAAAAUGUUCAAAGUUCAUCAUGAUGGAUUCAAGAGAAUGUGUUGAUGAAUGUCCGAAGAGUCACACACAGCAAUGGUCAACGACCUCUGACUUGAUGGGACGCGUUUGUUAUCCAGCAAAUGUCUCAAACUCCAUUCAAACUGUCUUCGUAGGAAUCAUCUGUGGAGCUGUUCUUUGCUUCGUCAUUGUCCUAGUGGGUGUGAUGAUGUUCAAACGGAAACAUCAAAAGAUGAACAAGAAAUCAAUCAAAGACCAGCUGAUCGACGAUGAAUACGAUCGACAUGAGUUUAUUCGUCAAUUGGACGAGUUGAGACCACAUUCCGAAUGUUUCCUUCACAUGUUGAAUGACACGAGAAAACAAAUACGGAAAUUACAUGUUGCUGGUGACAACACAGCUUCAGCAAAGUUUUAUCCGAUCGUAAGAGAUCUCGCCAAGAUUCUCAUUCUUCUCAAUCGACCUGUGGAAUUAAUCGACGGCCCACCUCAUGAUUGGAAUCGUUUGUUGCUUUGGGCUGAACGAAUAUUGGCGCAAUACAAGCCACAACAAAUUGCCCAAUUGAUUGAGUUUCUUCAAACUCCCACAUCGCCGUCAUUCAACGAUGUUGGUUUCGAUGAUGAUGAUCGUUUUAGCAGUAAGCAUACAACCUUCAAGAGUUUGUUCUAUUCAACACCAACCACACAUACGAGGAAAGCAUUCGCUUCGACAUUGCCGGCAACUGUCACCGGCUUAAAUAAUGCCAAAGAUCUCUCAAAAAGAAGUUCAAUUAGCAACGACAUGAAACAUCUUUCAUUGCCAAAUGAUGGCGACACUUCUGAAAAGAUUGCAACAGGAAGUUUAAUUUCGCUUCAUGAUUUCGAUGAUGCAUGUCCAUCAACUGCAAAUGCAACGUUGCAAAAGAAGCCCAAAAAGAAAAGUCCAUUCGGUGAAAGUUUCGACCAUGUCAAGAAUUAUUUAUCAAGUGGAAGUCUUUGGAUGGUUGAAGAUGAAUUUAUAGAAUUUAAAUUGGGACUAAGGCCACAAGAUGAAAUCACUACAGAACUUUAA